AGGCGCCUGGCGCUAACAAAAGUCCGGCCCGCGGGCGAGCUGCGCCGGGUCGCUAGUCUUCGCUUGCUCCGGGCACCCGCAACAAGUGGCUGCCGCGCCCUCCCCGGGGAAGCCGCGGGCGCGCAGGGGCAGCCGAAGGAGGCGGUCGAGCCGCGGAGCCCAGGGGCCUGCCCGGCUCAGCGCCCGCCGGAGGGGAUCGGGGCGGGCGGAUGGGGACCCGGCGGCGGCGGCGCGGCGAGCCUCUGGGCGGCCCCGGGGCGCGGGCUGUGCGCGGCGCUGCGCCCUCCGGCCCCCAGCGCGGAUUCUAAGUGCUGCAGCUGUGCCCGGCCCCGCCUGGAGCCACCGGGGGUGCCAGGAGGGGACGCAGCACACCCUCCCACUGGAGUGCGGGGACCUCUCCAGGCCGGAGGUCGGCCCCGGAGCGUGGGGGGGAUGUGCAGCUAACGGUCCCGUCGGACGGGCUUUCCUCGGGCCGAGCGCGCAGGAGGUGCGCCGCAGCUAUGGAGUGUCCCGGGAGACGGCGGGCAUGACGGCUACAGGAUGGGCGCGAACAAUGGCAAACAGUACGGCAGUGAGGGCAGAUCCACAAGCCAUGCUUGCCUGGGAGAAAAUAUCAAAGGCAACAUGAAAAUUAACCUCUGGGUCCGGGAGUGCUGAAGGUGCCAGAACAGGAAGGGAGGUGGUGAGCCUGAAGAUCUCACAAGCUUCCCUCCUGGUGUGUGUUUCCAGACCGUCAAGGGUCCUGGCUGCUCAUGGUCUAUCUCAGUUGCCCAGGCAAAGGCAGCUCGAGCAUCUCAUCUGACGUGAGUUCAAGUACAGAUCACACGCCCACUAAAGCCCAGAAGAAUGUGGCUACCAGCGAAGACUCCGACCUGAGCAUGCGCACACUGAGCACGCCCAGCCCAGCCCUGAUAUGUCCACCGAAUCUCCCAGGAUUUCAGAAUGGAAGGGGCUCGUCCACCUCCUCGUCCUCCAUCACCGGGGAGACGGUGGCCAUGGUGCACUCCCCGCCCCCGACCCGCCUCACACACCCGCUCAUCCGGCUCGCCUCCAGACCCCAGAAGGAGCAGGCCAGCAUAGACCGGCUCCCGGACCACUCCAUGGUGCAGAUCUUCUCCUUCCUGCCCACCAACCAGCUGUGCCGCUGCGCGCGAGUGUGCCGCCGCUGGUACAACCUGGCCUGGGACCCGCGGCUCUGGAGGACUAUCCGCCUGACGGGCGAGACCAUCAACGUGGACCGCGCCCUCAAGGUGCUGACCCGCAGACUCUGCCAGGACACCCCCAACGUGUGUCUCAUGCUGGAAACCGUAACUGUCAGUGGCUGCAGGCGGCUCACAGACCGAGGGCUGUACACCAUCGCCCAGUGCUGCCCCGAACUGAGGCGACUGGAAGUCUCAGGCUGUUACAAUAUCUCCAACGAGGCCGUCUUUGACGUGGUGUCCCUCUGCCCUAAUCUGGAGCACCUGGAUGUGUCAGGAUGCUCCAAAGUGACCUGCAUCAGCUUGACCCGGGAGGCCUCCAUUAAACUGUCCCCCUUGCAUGGCAAACAGAUUUCCAUUCGCUACCUGGACAUGACGGACUGCUUCGUGCUGGAGGACGAAGGCCUGCACACCAUCGCGGCGCACUGCACGCAGCUCACCCACCUCUACCUGCGCCGCUGCGUCCGCCUGACCGACGAAGGCCUGCGCUACCUGGUGAUCUACUGCGCCUCCAUCAAGGAGCUGAGCGUCAGCGACUGCCGCUUCGUCAGCGACUUCGGCCUGCGGGAGAUCGCCAAGCUGGAGUCCCGCCUGCGGUACCUGAGCAUCGCGCACUGCGGCCGGGUCACCGACGUGGGCAUCCGCUACGUGGCCAAGUACUGCAGCAAGCUGCGCUACCUCAACGCGAGGGGCUGCGAGGGCAUCACGGACCACGGUGUGGAGUACCUCGCCAAGAACUGCACCAAACUCAAAUCCCUGGAUAUCGGCAAAUGCCCUUUGGUAUCCGACACGGGCCUGGAGUGCCUGGCCCUGAACUGCUUCAACCUCAAGCGGCUCAGCCUCAAGUCCUGCGAGAGCAUCACCGGCCAGGGCUUGCAGAUCGUGGCCGCCAACUGCUUUGACCUCCAGACGCUGAAUGUCCAGGACUGCGAGGUCUCCGUGGAGGCCCUGCGCUUUGUCAAACGCCACUGCAAGCGCUGCGUCAUCGAGCACACCAACCCGGCUUUCUUCUGAAGGGACAGAGUUCAUCCGGCGUUGUAUUCACACAAACCUGAACAAAGCAAAAUUUUUUAAAAGCAGCGUAUGUAAGCACCGACACCCACUCGUAACAGCUCUUUCUUCCGGGAAGGUUAUUAGGAAUCCGGCCUUCAUUUUUCCUCAUUUCUCAUGGGCAACAGAGGCCAAAGAAACGAAGCAAGACAAACAGCAAACAGGCAUUUUGGUCAGGUCAUUUGUAGGCAGUUUCUCUUCUCACAAAAGAUGUACUUAAGCAGGCUGAUCGCUGUUCCUUGAGCAAGGCGCUUACUCUCCUCCGCUCAGGCCCCCAAGGCCGCCCUUUCCCUCGCACACAGGCCCCACCCCCACAGUUCCACGCACCCCCCCAAGGCCACACCCUCCCUCCCUAGAGCAGCAGCGAGGACCCAUCAUCAGAAUCACAGUGCUCUCCAGACCUCCUCUCUAAACUGCUUCAUUGACCUAAGUCACUCUCUUCAAUCCCACACCCAUGGACAUUCUUGUCAACUCAAUACCAUAGCACUUUGCACAGGCAAAAUACUUUUCAGGCCUUUUUAAAAAAUUCAUUACAGCAAACAGCUGGGGAAGGACAUGCAGUCCUCCCCCAGCUCUGCCAAUGACUAUGACCUUGGCCAAAGCACUUCACUGCUCUGGGCUGCAGCUUCCAGCACUGAAUCAGAGGCCACACAGCCCAAAGAUUAGCUUCAUGUCCAUUAUAGCAUUGAGGGAGCAGAGAUACCCAUACACAGAAGCACCUUGGCAUAGAGCACCCAGGCAUCGACCUCUUCCAGGUGAACUGAUUCUGUGGAUGGAUGUGAUUUCAGGAGAUUGUGCAGUGCCAGCAUCAGUGCAUAAAGGAUCCUGUAUGUCCUUUGGCUGCAAAUCACCCACUUCCCUGUGUUUCAGUGGGAGAAUUUCCUCUCCCACCUCCUCACAUCCUCUUUUGCCAGGCUGGAUGCUGUCGUCUCUGUACACAAAUACUUCCUGCAUUCCCCCCUUCACACCAUCCUAGCGAGGCACCAGCACACCUAAUCACAGCAAAGCCCAGAUCCCCCCAUCAGUUGCUUUUACUCAGUGUUUUCAAAUAGGAGUAAAGGCCCUCGCAAUUUUUAAUUAACAAGCAAGGCCCAAGGGAACACAUGUCCUCAAAAGUUUUUCUGAUCCCUCGCCUUGCACACCUGGCAUGCAUCAGGCACAUCUGUCCUACAGCUGGCAGAGACAGAUGCCUCGGUUCUUUGUCAUUCAGAUUGCAUUUGGCCUCUUCUCAUUUAUUUCUUUAUACAUCCAGACUUCAUCACAUGAAGCCUAUCGGGGUUAAGUUUGUAAGUGUUUAAUUGUGCAAAUUGCCACCCUGUGUACCUCCUCCGUGUCUGUCUGCGUGUUUUCCAUCAAAGAAUGCAAAGCAGACUUCCAGGUGUUUAAAUUCUGUUCACUCAACAAUGCCAGAUGAAUGGAAGAGGGAACACACUGAGAUGACUUAGACUCUGGUCCACCAACCAGACCCUUGGAAAGGAAUACUAAAAUCAUUACAAGGUAUGGAUUUUAAAUGGAUGAAACUUCAAAUUAUCUUAUUUGGAUAGAAGUCUAUAUUCCAGCCUCAUUUGCAUGAAGUCAGAUAGCCAGAAGAAAUUCCAUUGCUGGUUUUCACGAAAUUCACUUGUCUUUUGCUAAUAAACACAUGGCCCUUUCCCAGAUUAUUCUCUAGCCAAGCCCCACCUUCGUUACGUUGAAAUCCCUCAUUUAUUUUCUUCUCAAAAUGCCCAUUAUCCAAAUGCAGAACCUCUGCAUCUCCAAGCCAGUUAUGCUGAAUUUGUCAAACUUAGACACCCUUGACAACUGCACUCCUACUGUAGGCUCCUGUGCGUACUGUCAUCUUCUGUGGGGGAUGGAGAGGUUAGUGUGAUGAGGUGGUGUCUGCCCAGGAGGUUUCUUUCAAACAUCAUGGCCUCCCAUCCAAUCAACAUCAUCAACUUACAUGUGUAAUCAAGGCUCUGUGCCAUGGGGGAAAUGAAUCAUUUAGCUAGGCCAGGAUCUAGUGAAAGCCACAGAGUUUAAAACCAUGAAAGAGUUGAAGGCAGCAUUUCUCAGCUCUGUGACUUGUGACCCUAUUUGAAGUUUCAGGAUUUGGGUGUCACAAAGGAUUGUCCCUAAUCCUUGGCCCUGGGGUCUUCCGAGUGAGCUGGUUUAAUACUCUGAGAAUGAGCAGGGAGAUCCAGAGAAUGAAUCCCUGACCGCAUCACCUAAACUGUCUUCCAAGCAUGAGACAAAGCUGACUGUUCACACUGAUUGCCCAGCACAUACCGUCUUGCCAGUUUCUUCUUUUCUCCCAGUCUCCUGUUCAUCCAUUCUGUUCUCCCUUGGGGUGGGAAUCUAUGAUGGAGGUUACUGGGGAAACAGCUCAGCAGAUUUUUGGAGACCAAACCAAAGGUCUCACUAGGAAAUUUAUCUGUUUUAAAACAUUGCUUCCUUCCUGGCUCUGCUAAAUUGAAUGCUCAUUGUUUGUUGUUGUUGUUUUUUAAUUCUAAUGUUCAAAUCACUGCGUGCUGUAUGAAUCUAGAAAGCCUUAAUUUACUACCACCAAGAAAUAAAGCAAUAUGUUCGUAA